UUUGACUUCUCGGCUUCCGUACCUCCACCAGGAAGUUGCCACAGUAAUUCAAUGGGAACCUCAGAGAUAAGUUUACAUCGAUUCAUUUCAAAAUGCGUUCAAGAACAGGAGCUCAGGCAUCCAACGGUGAACCUCCCAGGGCUGAGAGACAGGAUCCAGAUGAACAGGUCAACAAAGCUGAUGCUGAUGGUCGAUUGUCAAACAGUUCUGUGCUCCUGAACAUUGGAAAAUGUUUGAUUUUAAUCAUCAUUAUCCCUCCAUUCCUCAACUAUGCAUCACUGCAGAGGGAAGGACAGAUGCUCCUGCCUAAAGAUGGCCAGAUUGUUGAUAUUGGUUUGGGUCAAAAGAUGCAUCUUCUGUGUAAAGGAAAUGGAAAACCAGUUGUCAUAUUGGAUUCACCAACGGGAAUGUCUUCAGAUGUUUGGUUCCAUAUCCAAGAAAGUUUGGCCACCCUAACAAAGGUCUGUACUUAUGACAGAACAGGCUUGGGCUUUAGCAAGCGGCUGAUGCAAAACGAAACUUCAGGAACUGAGAAAAUCUGGGGGAUGUCAACAACUGGACGGAUGGUAGAUGAUCUUCACCGACUUCUGCAGACUGCUGGGAUAGCCAAGCCCUUCAUCUUGGUGGGCUCUGAGCUUGGCGCACUCAACAGCAGAUUUUACAGCCACAUUCACGAUGUGCAAGUAUCGGACCUGGUGCUGAUUGAUCCCAUCCCAGAAGACAUUUUUGAGGAGGACCAAUGGAAUGAUUACUGGUAUGGUAAGCUGUUGCCAUCACUUCAAGUCAAGCAGUUUUUGGCAGCAACAGGGUUGAGCCGUAUGCUGAUUAUCCUUGGGGCAAUUGAAGUGACUAUCAACGGAAGCGAAAACGUCUCUGAGGAUUUUAUUCAGCGCCAGAAGUAUCUGCUAAGUAACCCCGCCCACCAGAGCAGCGCUGUAGAUGAACAUUACUUUUUGAAUGAAAGUGCUGCACAAGUCAGGGAUAUCUCAAAGUUUAAGCCUCUUACCAGUCGCACACCCGUGAGUGUGAUCACUGGGGAUUCAUUUGACCAGGAAAUACCAGAACACCUGAACCAGAUGGUUGCAAGGCUUCAAAAGAAGUUUCUGGAAGAGUCCUAUCCAUCAGCCCAUCACAUUCAGAUAAAAGAAGCAGACCGGCGAAUGAUCUACAAGAAGCCAUCUGUCAUCAGCCAGCACCUGAGGAAACUAGUCAAACAACGGCAAGGCAAACAGCAGAGCAAGUGACCCAUGGCCAAGAUGUAACUGUACCUAAAACAAAGUCAGAUUAAUUGUAAAAAAUGUUUUAUACUUGAUAAAAUAUUUAUCUUUUUGAUUGUUUUGGCAUUGAUCUGCUUCACUAGAGGCUUAUCACCUAAAAUUAGCUGCGUUGUAUUUUUGGUGAUGAAACAAUUUCCAUCACAAAUCCAACAAUCUCAAGUUUCUAUUUCAGUCUCUUCGGUUGAUUGGCCUGUUAAAAACAAGAGGUGUUAUUUCUUAUUAAUUCACUGGAUACAGUUAUUUAACUCGCCUUCUAUGUUGCAAAUAUUCCAGUCAUGAAAAUGAUCUAGUGUUUGGGGCAAAUCUCAACCACACUGGGCCUCUAUUUUUGGACUUGUUCUUUUUUAAUAAUAAUAAUUGCAAACA